CGGUUGGAUUAAAUGUAAAAGCCUUAUUACAAGUGCAUAAACGCUUGUGCAUUAAGCUAAAAUUACAACACUUGGCACACUAAUGACCAUCUUCUUCUCUUUUCCCACUAAAGCAAACCUCCUUUUUCGGCUUUCCCCCUUCCUCAGCGGUCAGACCCAAACCCUGCAAAAACCCAUAAAAAAAAAUGUCGAAAAUUUUUCAUUUUUAAUGGAGAAGUAAGUACAAAGAUUUAGGAGAUAAUUGGGUGAUUUCUCUUUCCGGGUUUCUUUUCGAAUCGUGGUUAAUCACUUGUCUUGGAUUCUAAGCUUUUGCCUAGCUUUUAUACGUUGAGUUUUUUUUUUCCCAUCAGAGUUGCGUUAGACUGGGAGAAAAUGGCGUUCUUGUGUUCUUCAAUCUUCCUCAAGCUCGCCAUUUCGGUGAUCUUCAUGCUUUCAUGGUUUGGUUUCGCUCCAACAGGAGCAUAUGAUGCCUUAGACCCAUUUGGGAAUAUCACAAUCAAAUGGGACAUCAUGACAUGGACCGCUGAUGGCUAUGUGGCUGUUGUAACAAUCUACAAUUUUCAGCAAUAUCGGCACAUUCAGGCUCCUGGUUGGUCUCUUGGAUGGACAUGGGCAAAGAGAGAGGUAAUAUGGGGUAUGAAUGGAGGACAGACAACAGAACAAGGAGAUUGUUCAAGAUUCAAAGGAAAUAUUCCGCAUUGCUGUAAAAAAGAUCCUACUGUGGUUGAUCUUUUGCCCGGAACUCCUUACAAUCAGCAGAUUGCAAAUUGCUGCAAAGGUGGGGUUAUAAACUCGUGGGCACAAGAUCCUGCAACCGCUGUUGCAGCUUUCCAGCUCACUGUGGGGCAAGCCGGAACCACCAAUAAGACUGUUAGAGUGCCAAAGAAUUUCACUUUGAAAGCUCCAGGACCUGGAUAUACUUGUGGGGCCGGGAACAUCAUCAAGCCUAGCAGAUUCAUCAGUCCAGAUAAACGGAGGGUCACUCAAGCAUUGAUGACUUGGAACGUAACUUGCACAUACUCGCAAUUCUUGGCUCAGAAGACUCCCACUUGCUGUGUUUCGCUUUCAUCGUUCUAUAACAAUACAAUAGUUUCUUGUCCAACAUGCUCUUGUGGAUGCAGAAAAACACCACAGUCAGGAACCUGUGUAGAUCCAAAGGGUCCAAGGAUCGCAUCAGUAAUUCAAAGUCCUGGGAAGAAUGCUUACAUACCACCUCUUGUCCAAUGUACAAAUCACAUGUGUCCGAUAAGAAUCCAUUGGCAUGUGAAGGUUAACUACAAGGAGUAUUGGCGGGUUAAGAUCUCAAUUACAAACUUCAAUUACAUUAUGAAUUACUCUCAGUGGAAUGUGGUAGUGCAGCAUCCCAACUUCGACAACCUCACUAAGACUUUCAGCUUUAACUCUAAGCCCUUGACUCCUUAUGCUUCCAUAAAUGAUACUGCCAUUCUAUGGGGAGUAAAGUAUUACAACGAUCUUCUCAUGCAUGCUGGCCCAUCUGGUAAUGUACAGUCGGAACUACUUUUCCAGAAAGACCCAUCUAGUUUCACGCUUGAAAAGGGUUGGGCAUUCCCGAGAAGAAUAUACUUCAAUGGAGAUAACUGUGUGAUGCCUCCUCCUGAUUCUUACCCUUGGCUGCCAAAUACUAGCUCACGUCGCAUUAGUUCUCCAUUCAUAGAUGUUAUAAUCCUCUUGUCAGUGACAGCUUUCCAACUCAGCAACUUGUAGAAUCUAGAAGUGCAGAAUUAUCUUCUGCAAUUUUGAUCAGCUGUUACAAUAGAAGUAUCAGUUAAUCUAGACUAAAGAGAAUGGUGGGGGUUUUUUUUUCUUUUGGAUUUCUCCUACUAAAAGAUGAGUCCAGGUAGGUUAGCAUUCUCAGGAAAUCUUGUUGUUUUGUGUGAUCACCGUUGUAUCAUUUCUUCUUCUCUGCAGCUUAGUCUCCUUGUCUGUAAUCUCCACAUCUUGCAAACUAUUGCUUAUGUAACAGGAAUGAUAGACUAACCUAUUGUUCUUGAUGUUUCAUAUU